AUGGCACUGGAACAGUCCGUAAAUGCGGACUCUAAGAAUUGGUAUUUCCCAGAACCAUGUGCACUAAAUCGAUGGUUCAUCACUAGUCAUGAGCGUGCGUCAGUUACAACAGCUCUGAAAGAUAUAUUUUCGCAAGAGCGCACCCGCGUAGAUAUACACAAAGAGGCUGCCGCAAAAACGGGUAGCACGCGAUUAGGCUGAUGUUCAGAUUCUUAUCUCUCUCUUUACAAGCGAUCUGAUGAGUAAUCCUUUCACGUAA